AUGGAAGAUGACAGGAACAACCUUCUCCCCAAUACAUAUACUGGCUCUGCUCCAGUGCCAGAAAGGUACAUAUGAUUGCGUGUGUGUUCUUUUCCCCCACUACCUUGCACUUUUAAUAAUUUGUAUGGGGUAAAUAAGCAUCAAGGUUUCUCACUGUAAACUGUCUGCCCCCUAGAAAGGCAGCCUGGCAGUGCCAGCCCCACCAUUAGGCAAAGUGCGGCAGCUGCCUCAGUCAGUAGGUUUUAGAUAUCAUGAAAAGGCAUCAUAUUGAAAGGUAUUUAACGUGUAUUAUAUUUUUAUCGCUGGGGAGGUGGGAAGGUGUUUGCAGGAUUUUCUGUCUCAGGUACCAAAAUAACUGGACUGGUCUUGGACAUUUUGCAUCUUUUCUUUUCUUUUUGAUGGUGGUAGGGUGGCACCUUGUGUUGCUCAUGAUGUUGUAUCAGGCCAAGAGAUAGUGUAACUGUGCGUAUUUUCUGUGUAACUGCCAGCAGGUCCCAACUACGCAGGCAGAAAGUUAGGGUAAGGUAUGGCACUCAGCUUUCAAUUCCCCUAAAAUGAAAGGCUAAAACAGAAAAAAUAUUUGGUGGCCUAAGUUGAGGGGGGGUGGAAUUAACUGAAGCUGCAAACCUGUACGCAUUUACCUGGGAGUAAGCCCCUUUGUACACAGUGAGACUUGGGAAUAGGAUUGCGUUGCACAAAUGACUCCUGCUUGUUUGCAAACCAGCGAGGUUCGAACAAAGCUACUUUAUAUUUCUCCUCAUGCUGAAUUGCAGACCUUUGCUACAGUUAGUUCUGCCACAGUGUUGUCUCAUACUUGGGCUGUUUUUCAUAACUGAAAGGAAAAGUUUGGUGUAAUUGAUGCUUUUAAACUUUUAUUCUUGCGUGCACCUCUCCAAAUAAGGGGCGAUUGGUAUGUUUUAUAUAGUCUCAGCCCUAUAUUUUAUAAUAAUUCUUUGGAACUUUUGUAUUUACCAGCCACCACUAAGCAUUUGAGGGGAGGGGGGGUGUUCUUUCUUUCUUACCUUUUUAUCCUGCGGGAAAGGCUAUUUUACUUUUGAGUGAGGAGGAAAUGGAAAGUAAAAAAUAUCAGUGUGAGAGCUUGAUUGUUUAGUAAGGAUUUGUGCCUGGGUUUCCACACGCAAACCAACCUUUCUAGCCCUUGCACCACACUUUUCUUAGUGUGCCUCCAUUUUGUAUGUCAUGCUUUCAGGUUUCUUGUCUUUUUAUUAAUACAUGGCGAAUAAUGAUUUCUUAACAACAGUGACCAUUUCGGGGAAUUACACUGCUGCGACGCUGGCAAUAGGCAGUUCCUGCCAAACCAAACAGCCAAAGCCAAUCAGAUAAUAGAGACAUGGUGAUGUCACUUGUUGCUAGGGAGAAAGGUGUUCAGAAAAUUCAUAUCCAUACUUUAACAUUAUAACAGACUUUCUGUCCCGCAUGUUGAAUUAUAUGGAGCUAAACUAUACUGGAGAUGGAUUUUUAUUUUUAAAGCAACAAGCAUUAUAUUCUGCUUAUGAAUCAGAUCACAUUUAAAGCGAGUAACUUCCCCUUGGGCUGUCUAGACUUGAAUUUACAUGACAGAGUAUAACUAUUAGAACUUCACUGUUUCAUAGAAUUAUAGAAUCACAGAAUCAUAGAAUUGUACAGUUGAAAGGUACCCCGAGGUACCAACCCCUGUAAUGCAGGAAUCUCAAAUAAAUAAUGCCUGAUAGCUGGUCAUUCAACCCUAGCUGUCAACGUUUCCCUUUUUUUAAGGGAAAUUCCCUUAUUCCGAAUAGGCUUCCUCGCAAGAAAAGGGGAAGAUUCACAGCUAUGCAUCCAACCGCUGCUUAAAAAUCUCCAAGGAAGGAGAGUCCGCAGCCUCCCGGCGCAUGGGCAUAGCCAAGAGGGGGCAGGGAGGGGCAGCUGCCGCCCUAAAUCAAGUAAAUCAGUACAAAAUACUUCACUAACUGAGGUUCUUCCCCCCCUCAACAUAAAGCCUGCCCCACCCCAUGUUCCAAGGGAGUCCUUUCCACUAUCAAGCAGCUCUUACUGCUAGAAAGUUCUUCCUGGUGUUUAGUCAAAAUCCUCUAACUUGAAGCCAUUGGUUUGGGUCCUAGCCUUCAGAGCAGGAGAAAACAAGCUUGCUCCAUCUUCCAUAUGACAGCCCUUUAGAUAUUUGAAGGUGGUUAUCUCCUCUCAAUCACCUCUUUUUUACAGGCUAAACAUACGCAAACCCCUCAACCAUUCCUCAUAAGGCUUGGUUUCCAGACCCUUUAUUAUCUUGUUCACCCUCCUCAUGUUCCAGCUUGUCAAUAUCCAGGGCUUUUUUUUGAGUUCUGGCACCUCUCAGGUGGGCAUCCUUGCCGUUGUAAGAGAACAAGGGAGGCGUUUAUGGUGAGUUCCGCCACCUCUUUUUUUUAGAAAAAUAGUGCUAUUUUUCUAUCCACCUGUGGAUAUCGCACAGGUGGCGGAACUGUGCGAUAUCCAUCUUAAGUUGUGGCGCCCAGAACUGGACACAGUAUUCCUGGUGUGGUCUGACCAAGGCAGAAUAGAGCUGUACUGUGACUUCCCUUGAUGAUGACUCUUCACUUCUGUUGAUGCAGCCUUUAGGGUGUGUGUGUGUGUGUGUGUGUGUGUGUGUGUGUGUGUGUGUUUGCUGCUGCAUCACACUGUACCUUCUGGUAGAUUAAGCAGGUGCUGUAAAGAAUUGGUAACUGUUACUAAAAUAAUAUUGAUUAUUGAGAGUAUUAAUAUAAAACAGCCCCCCUUGCACUGUACAGUAUUUCAUGAUUCAGUUUAGAUUUUUGUAAGCACCAUGUAUACUGCAAAUAGGAUCAAGAAUUUCUGUUUAGCAUAAUAUUCAGUCCCAUUGCUAAUAUUAAACAGCCAAACCAAACAUCUCUUCCAUUAAAACAAAAAACAAAAUCCUGGUUUUCUUAGUGACCACUAAGUAUGGGGAUCUGUGGGGAUCUGUUCCUACCCCCCCUUACCCCCCCCCGGCCCGAAAAGCUACUUUACUUCUGAGGGAGGAGGAAAUGGAAUGCAACUGCUUUCCCUUUUCCUACACAUGCAGUUACUGUGUUACUUGUUUCCCUCAAGAAACUCUAAAACACAACAUUUUAGCAUCUUAACAGCCCCAUAAAAUUGUCUGGGUUAAAGAGCUGGAAAAAAGCACCUAGUAAGCUUGAUUUGAGCUGGGUUUUCACAUACAAGCCAACAUCUCUAACCCCUGCACCACACCUACAAAAUGGAGGCACGCUAAGAAAUGCAUGUCAUGUUCUCAGGUUUCUUGUCUUUUCAUUUUUAUAUGGCAAAUAAUGAUUUUUUAACAACAGUACCAUUUUGGGGAAUUACUGAACAGCCAAAGCCAAUCAAAUAAUAGAGAUGUGAUUAUGUCACUUGUUACUAGGGAGAAAGGUGUUCAGAAACCAUACUUAAACAUUAUAGCAACCUUUUUGUCCUACAGGAUGAUUUACAUGGAGCUAAACUGUACUGGAGAUGGAUUUUUUUUUAAGCAACAAGCAUUAUAUUCCUCUCUGAAUCUGAUCCAGAUCAUUUAAAGCGGAUGAAUAUAGCUAAGGUUUUAAAGUCUUGAAUGUACAUGACAGGGGACAUAAAUAAUAGGACUUCAAUGUUUAGUAGAAUUAUAAUUCUUCUGAUAGAAUAAUAAGCUGCUGUGAGUGAUUGAGUACUCUUUCUAAAAGUUAAUUGUUUUUAAUAAAAGUACUCACAAAACAAUGUGUGCGACAGGCAGUAGUUUAGAAGAGAUUAAUAUGCCAUUAUUGCAAAGCUUGCUCGUUAUAUAAAAGAAGGUAAAAGAGAAGCAUAACAAACAUAUUUAGAACUACUAAACAUUUGUUGAUUCUUGGAACUAGAACAUAUUUUCAAAAUGUUAUUUAUCUGAAAUGUUGCAAAUGAUUGAUUUAUAUUUAACUGUUUUUGUGUUUAUGGUUAUAUGAGAAUUCAGAUGGAAUUAUCUGCAUUUGUGUUUUAUUUUAAAGCAAAUAAACCUUUUUCUUUUUUUAAAAAGGGCAUCAUUCUCCUUUUAAUCACAGAAAUGAGUAUUUCUCAGGUGGUGUCUGCUGCACAUAACACAUGCAUGCAUCAUUGGAAAGGGAGAACACUUUUUUGUUGUUGUUGCUUUAUUCAUGUGCAGAUUAAUGCGAAUUUACUCGACUGAAUAAAACGCCUAUGAUUGAUCAACUGUCAAGGUAUCUUUAAUCUGGCGACAGCCCUAAUAAAUACAGGGAGAAUUAUUGAUGUAAUUGAAGGUCAAACUUCACAUUACAACAGACAUGCCUAAAUGUCUCUCCAUUUCUUUAAAAUGUAGCUGUGGGGAGGGGAAAGGGGACAUCGAGAGAGACAUCCAAUAUGGAACCACAGCAUAUGGAAAAUAAUUAUCCCUUUCCCCUUUCACUAUUUCCCCAAUGAACUUCCCCCACCCCACCCAACCUGCUACUUACCCCAUUAGUAAAAUCAUACUUAAAAAAAUAAAAUCAAUGAGGCUCAUAGCAGCUUCAGUGUGCCUCCUGACUUACUUGCAUUGAGCUCCUCCAUGUAAGGGGUGAGCUGGAUUGGCUCAGGGAACCCCCUGCUCCACUGCUAAUGCACAAGAGAUCUACAUGCCUGUACUGGUAUGCAUGCAGAAUCUCUUCAUACACACACAAGGAGAUCUGUGGCCACUUGGCAUAUCCAUGUAUCCAUGGGCUAGUCCAUGUACUAUUUGAAUGUGAGUGCGGGGAGGUUUCUCUGAGCCCCCCUGUUGUGAUGGCUAAUCAUAAUUAUGCACGGUGCUUUUUUUCUUUAAAAAUGUUUAGGGAUAUUCUCAUUUUGACUCAAGAAAACAACCAUUUUAUAGUUCAAAUCAGGAAAAAUAAAUACAGUAAAUGGACAAAGUACAAAGAUUCACAGAACGUUUAGGGGUAUGCAUACUCCUGUGUCCCCCCAGAAAAAAAGGCACGGAUUAUGUGAUACAAGUGAAAACAUUUGUAUUCUGAUGCAAGAGUAGAGGGGAGAGAAAGAGAAUAUUCCUGCAGGGGGUUGUACCCUUGGGGUACUCAACAGUUCUAUGAUUCUAAUACACACACACACACACACACACACACACACUUACACUUGUAUAAUUAUUGAAAUCAUACAGCUUUUACUGCAUUAAAGCCUAUGGCAUUAGAUCCCCAAACAUUUCUUCCUUUUCACGUUCUGUCUGCCUAGCAACAAGUGAGGUGACAAGCAGAACAGAUAAUGACUGGCUACAGCUUGGGAAUUUCCCUCACGGUGUUUUCCAUCAGGGUGAAGGGCUGUUAAAUACUGUAUGAGUAGCUUGGGGGAAAGGAACUGUAAAAGGGAAUUGCGGCCCUGGUGGUUUUCUACAGUGGUUGUUGUUUUUUUUAAACAAACUUUUAAUAAACCAAUUUCACCUUAUUUAGCCCUUAGUUAACCAAGUCAAAGCAUUCUGUUUGUGUUAUAAGCAGAAGAUAUGUCAUGCCUUGGUUAUUUGCAUGCAGGUGAAUCCAAACCUGUUCUAAGAAAAUAAGCGCUCAACCUGGACAUCUGGACCACUGAUUGGACAAACUGACAUGCCUCUUUUGUGUCUUGCAGGGGUUCUUCCAGCCGUAAACCUGUCUAUGCUGCCUUUUCCAUCCUGAUAGCCUUGCUUAUCGCGGGCCAGGCGGUGACCGGCUACUUUGUGUAUCAGCACAACACCCGGAUUUCCAAAAUAACCAAGACCACCACUGAGCUGAAACUGCAGUCGCUGGCCAACAAUCUCCCUCAUGGUUAGUAGCUUCCUUUUUCCCCUUCCUGCCCUCUCCCCCACUCCUACACUGUCUAACCUUUAAGUUUAACCAUGAUAUAUUUGCAAGCAUUCUGAAUUCUUAAAACAUUUCUCAAUUUUGUGCGUUAAUUGGGCAAAUCAGAGCUGAAAGGACUGAGCCUAGGUCUGUCAGCUAUUUAUGCACUUGAAUCCUGAUAGCCAUCUCUCGUCUGCUUGGAUAGACAGACCAGAUGAUAGUUUACUUUAUUUAUUAAAUUUAUAUCCCGCCCCUCCUCCCAAAGAAAGGAAGGUCUAGUGGAUCUACAGAUUCAGAAUGCUGACAUUUUAAUCUGGGGAGCAGUCACCCUGUUCUGAUCAGGUUUCGUCAUGCUUAUUUUGUGAGUUUUAUAGCUUCAGUUUAUAUUCUGCUCUUGAGUUGCUUUCAUGACUGUUAUAUAUUGUACAUUAACAGUUUAUAUCAAUUUACAAUUUAUAAAAACAUGGAAAGCAUUGUGCCCCUGAAGUCCGACACGGUACAACUUGAGCAAGGUUAUGCACCCUAUAGUAGAUUAAUGUUGUCAGUUGUGCAAGAGCCCUUCAUAAUAUAUUUGGAUAUGCGAAGGGGUAUAGCUUGGUGGCAGCAUGGUAUCCUCCAUUAGUUUGAAUAAUCCUUUUUAAAAAAAAGCUAUCUGAGCCUUUGGACAGUUUCGAGGGAUUUCCCUCCCAGGGGUAGAGUUUGGAAAGCAGUUUCUAAUAUGAGAUUGGGGGGUGGGGUGUCUACUACUGGGGGGGGACACAAGUCUAAGUUUCCACUUUUGAGUCCAGCUCAGACAUCUUGAUUGAAGUCAUGAACUCUCUGUGCAAUAUAAUUUGUACUCUUGUAUGUUUGACUCAUCUGUAUAAGAAGAAUAUCCUUGGAGGAGACCACUUUUUUAUAUAUAAAAAAAAUCUCCCUACAUGUUUAAUUGCACCACUCUUUUCUCCUGCAGCUCCCAAGGCAGUUAACCAGAAGAGGAUGGCAAUGGCCAACAUUAUGCCUAUGGUCAUGAGGGACCCAGAUGAAGAGGUAAAGAUGACAAUUGCUUAACUAGCACAGGGCAGGGAGGUGUUAGGGUUGCCUACUACCUCAGAACCUCUCCUUUUCAUCCAUACAACUUGCCCGGUAUGGAUCCAAGUUUGCAGGGGACAGCUAUGGAUGAGGGGGAAGACAUUCGCUGUGUCUUCUGGGGCUUUGCUUUCCAGCCAGUCUGCCAAUACAAAAACAACCCCUCCUGGCUAGUAUGCAAUGCUCCCAGCACCUAGACCUUACACCAGUGUUGGAAAUAAAUGUUAGGCUCUUGAGACUGACAGAUCCUGCCUCAAAUUCAGCUGUGCAGAGAGAUUCCAUUUGAAACAGCAGCUUCAGAGCAGGGAGAGUGAGUUGGCUCGACAUGAGUCAAUGUGACAUGAGUGAAGCUGACAGCCUAUUAGGCCAGCUCUGUUCUCAGUUCUUAUUUGGUCACUUUGCAGUAUGCAGGAAUGGUUUGCCAGGGAAUUAGCCUUCCUUGUCAACAUUCCCUAGAGGUGGCGGCAGCCAGGGAAUGGUGCCAGAGCUGGUUUAGGGGCACCCCAGAACCCUUGGGAGGAAGUUCAUACUAAUGGUUUGGAUCCCAACUGAAGUUCAUUCCAUGUAGUUUCCCUUUAACAAUACUUAAAUGAGAUCUGGAUCACACACAAAGUCACAACUAAAUUUUCACGUUGAGUUCAAAGAGACCUGGGUGUAAGUAAGUCCAUUGUAUCUGUUGCAGUGUGUGAAGGACAGGGAAGAGCCCUUUGUGUAGUCUGCUCUGUGGGAUUGGGCAAGGAGCAGCUUCAAAGUGUGACAAAAGUUGCAUGCCACCUCCAAUCUAUGCCAAGCGGUAGCAAGAUUCCAGGGAGGUUCCAGGCGCUCACCCAGGGCUGUGUUUCUGUUGGGAAAAUCGUGGCACAGUGGAGGCUAGCAUCUUUAAGAAAUAAGGUUUAUUGUACACAUAUUUACACCUGGAGUCUUCAAUGGAGGGGAUGCAGAACCGGACACCCCAAGAGUGUUUCUCAUUGCCUCUCUCAUAGCUUCGGGGUUCAAAGCAGCAGUCAGUCAUGCAUGGGCCUAGCCAAGGGGGUGGGGGGCAGCUACCAUCCCAAUCAAGUAAGUAAAUAAAAAUACUUAACUGACCAAUCGUGUCACAGAUAGCUCAGUUCUGCCCCCCCAACACAAAGCCUGCCCCCGUAACAUAAAUCCUGGCUACACCCAGGCAGUCAUGGCUCCUGGUCUCUUGGUGCAGCCUCCUCCAUCCAAUGUGAUCCAUUCCUACUUUUUCCUUGUUCCCAGAACACCUUUAGAUUUCAAAAGGACAAUUUUUCCUGUGAUAUCAUGCCCCGCUCACCUUGGUAACCUCCCAAAUCUCCUGUCUUUCUCCACUCCUGUGGCAUGGGGGGGGGGGAGGAUGGCUUUGUGCAUUGCCAGUUGUCCUAAAUGGCCCAGCACCUGACUCCCCAUUGUUUCUCAAUGACUCUGCACUUAGCUGCCCCCAGCAGACUGGUUUGCAUAAGCUAACCCAUGUCUGGCACAGUUCUGCAGCUUGCAUUUCCUUUCAUAUUAUCUAAAUACUACCGUUUAUUAAUCUCUACCAUUCACUAACAGACUCUGGUACCCUAGAUCUAUAAUGAUGUUUUAACUUCUUUGUUGUCGUCUCUUCUACAGUCUCCAGAGGAUAAAAUGAAGCUGACCAAUAGCACUGAAGACCAGAUCAAACGUCUGCUCAUGGUAAGAGCCUCGUCUCUUUGCCUGUGCAACAGUUUUGCUUGUCCUAGAUGGAGAGUACUCAAGUUUGCAGCUACAGACUCAACUGCUGGAGGCCUAGGGCUGAAUCCCACGAAGUCACCCUGUUAGCCCCAUAACUUCCACUUGCUCAAUGGAACACCCUCUAGCACUCCCCUUCUUGUGGGCCACCCAACCCACUGGGGCAGAUUUGAAGAGGGAGGUAGAGGAUGCACAGGCACAACUUUGUUGGCUGAAACUCAUAGCACAGAACAAGAUAUUCUUUAUGUUCCUAAAAAUCACUAACCUAUUCUUUGUUUUCCAACCACAGUAUCUGACAGGUGUGUUUGUGUUCCCGGGAAGGAUUGGGGAUAUGGUAUUUAUGCAGGGAUCCAAAUGAGGGAAGGGUGGACAGGCACAUGGGUUUCCUUGCUUUUAGUGCACCAGUGCUUUUACUGCUAGAUUGAAUAGUUGGUUAUUUCUUCAGCAUGAAAAGCAGCAAGGCACAAUUGCAUCAACCUAUGCCUUUCUUUCCCAUGUGCCUAUACCUCUUUAGAUCCAAGCACUGUAGCCUAAGUGUCAUAACAUUAACCGUGAAUAAUGCACAGGUUUGGAACUACAUAUACACUUUGGAAACUUCCCUGCACCCAAAGAAGGCACUACUGCACUCUCCCAAGUGUCCUGAACCCCUGGCCUACCUGGCAGCAAGUCAGUAUGCCAAGUUCAAAGCCCAAGGGUCAAUCCAUACGAAGUCCAAAGAUCAGGAAACACAGUCCAGGGUCAAUCCAAGUAGUCAAGUCCAGCAGUCAGGAUACAGUCCAGAGCCAAACCCAAAGCACAGUCCCGCAAAGGUCCAGGAACAUCCAAGUCAAUGAAUAUGGGCAGCUGAGCAGAUAAAACACCUCAGCUCUGCUUCCCUUUUAUACUCUGUAUGCUGAUUGCAGCAUCUGGGCUUGAUGAUGCAUGUGACCCUCACCUGUUCCAGGCCCACUCCAGCUGAGGAAUCACACCCCUCCUCCCAGAGCUAGCGAGACCCACCUGGCCAGCUAGUGAGCUGGGCUGUGGGACCUUGCCUGCCUCAGCCUCCUAGAGCACCCCUCCUGCUGCCCCCUAUGCCUCAGAGCCCACCAUGUUCAUGGAGACAGGGGCCUCUCUGGUGAUGGGUCCUGCAACUCUGGCUCCUUGCCAUCCCCCGUCACUCUGUGAGUACUUCCUUCCUCAUCCCCUGCUUGCCCCAGUGUGUCCCAGUCCCAGCUACACCCCUCGUCAGAAUCCCCAUCAUCCUGCCAGUCCAUGACACCAAAUGACCUUGGAGGGCGGCAUGGCAAGCAUCUGUUAAAUGAGAAACUUAGAUAAAUUGGCAUACUCGUAAUAUGGGGCUAUGUGGACAAAGAUGGAUUAGAUAAUAGGGAGUUUAGAUAAACAUUCAGACAGUGAGAGUUUGUGGUGCAUGCUGUGAAUAAUUAUCAUUAAAUUUUAGGGAAAGCAAAGGCUUUUCUUUUUAUCUCAGCUUCUCACUGGAUGCACUUGCUUGCUUGUUUCUUUGUAUUUUCCUCCCCAAACCCAUGCCCUGCCCAAUGUCCCAAGGUAUGUCCCAAGAAACCCAAGGUAUUUAGGAAAUUGGCAGCAAAACACUAUAACCCAAAUAUAAUUAAACCCAAUAAUACAAUCAAUUACUGACAUAAACUAAAAACAAUUUUAACCGUUCCAAAACAGCCACCAGAAUAUGCAAAAGCUAUGCAAGCGAAAAAGCUAGGGAGAGGAGCCUUUCUCUCCAUUUGUAUGUUCCCUUUGAAAUCAUUCUGCUGUGGCUGUUUUCCUCUUAAAAGGAGUUGCAUCCAAACUUUGAACUCUCCAAGGCAGGGAGGAGCAGUUGAGGGAGGCAGCUUUAGGAUGAAAGGUGGUGGGGGCAGAGAUAGUUAAGCAAUCCCUCCCACCUGUACCUUUUGCCUGCCUUAGAAGAUUGUGCUGGUGAUUCAACUCCUAUGAAUGGGUCUGCUGCCAUACUCUCUGGUUGGACCUCACCAUCACUGCAUCUGGCUGAAUUCAGAGAGCCCAGAGAGCCAGUGUGGUGUAGUGGUUAAGAGUGGUAGUCUUGUAAUCUGGGGAACCGGGUUCACGUCUCCGCUCCUCCACAUGCAGCUGCUGGGUGACCUUGGGCCAGUCACACUUCUUUGAAGUCUCUCAGCCCCACUCACCUCACAGAGUGUUUGUUGUGGGGGAGGAAGGGAAAGGAGAAUGUUAGCCGCUUUGAGACUCCUGAAGGGGAGUGAAAGGCGGGAUAUCAAAUCCAAACCCUCCUCCUCCUCCUCCUCCUCCUUCUUCUUCUUCUUCUUCUUCUUCUUCUUCAUGAGAUGGAGUUAGUAUUUCACGUGCCGCCAGUCCUGACCCAAUCCUUUGAGCAUAGUCUUGCUUUGCUAGGUGAUCUCUUUCCGGGCCUCCAGCAGACUUACUUUCCUUACAUAAUGUUUGUUAACAUGUUCCUCCCUACAGCAAUCAAACCCUCUCAUAAAAUUUCCUGAUCUGAAAAAGAGCUUCAUGGAAAAUAUGAAUACUCUGAAGAACCGCUUGGAUUUUGAGGACUGGAAGGUAAGUGCUGCCAUCUUUCACAGAAUCCUUCCCCCACCCCACCCCUGCCCUGAAGAGAACAUGGUGUCACAAUGGAUAGGCAAUAUCUCAUUUAACAGAUCAUAGAGUUGGAAGGGACCACGAGGAUCGCCUAGUCCAGCCCCCUGCAAUGCAGGAAUAUUUUACCCAAUGUGGGGCUUGAACCCAUGGCCCUGAGAUUCAGUCUCAUACUCUAGAAGCUCUCUAUCCUGUUAAUUUUAUUUGCCUUGGGACUUAUUCCUGUUGGAAUCUAAGACUUUGGAAUGGAUCCUAGUCCUUCCCCUCUUGUGCUCAGGAAGAGAGUACAAUACAAGUAUCCACUGUCACUUGCAAUGCUUCCUAGUUUGCUCUUGACUGCUAUCUAGUGUUUUGAGUUGUUCAUGUGUGGGAUUUAAAUAGGCCUCAGUUAAACUUGCUAAAUGCCUGAGAUUCUAGGAAUUAUAUUUGGGAACUGGCAGCAGGGAGUUCUUCCAUGAAGGGACCGCAGCGCUGGACCUCUGUUAAUUAUGCCAACAAAGCCUCAGGUUUAUUAGUGUAGUUAAAAUUGGCUAAACUAUAUCAAAGCCCUUUCCCGCAGUGUACAGUGGCGUUCACCCAGCAGUGAAACAUAUGGUGGACUUCUCAUCAUUUGGCAAUUAGACAGUGGUUAACUUACAUUUAUUUAUUUGUGGAUAGGGAUGCCUUUUAUUAACUGCAUUUGAUCUCUUGCAGUCUUUUGAAACCUGGAUGCACAAGUGGCUGCUCUUCCAAAUGGCCAAGAAUGAGAUUCCAGCUGAACAAGGUAUGCAAGGACUGUAGCACUGAAAGGAAUUCUAAGGGUGAUGGAUGCAAAUUCUCUGAAGGGCUCAAAUCACAAGACAACAGAAAACAUGCCAUUUUGCUGCAGCUUCAGAUCCUAAAGAGAUGCAGGAAAUCAUGCGAAACAAAAUCCCAAUGUAAUAGAAACAGUACAUUUCUGUAGGGGAGACUGAAAGGGCGCUGCUGCGUGCCAGAAGACUCAUGUUAAUGUAUGCUGAUGACUUGGGGGUGGAAGGAGAUAUUAUGCAGGACGUUGAUCUGCUGCUGAAAAUGAUAGCCCUGUGUGGAGUUUCCCCUCUUUAUUUUGGAACAUGGACAGGACUGGCACCAGAAUUUAUGGAGGCCGCAACAUGGUGCCCCCCAUGCCCCCUUCCAAUGCAGCUGUGCCUUUUCUUUUUCUUUCAUGGUAAUGACAACUCCACCAGUGGUGGGCAGUUUUAUAGAUGUAUGGUCUGGGGCCUUAUAUUGUGGGUAAAUUAAAAUGGCAGAUAGUCAUCAUGGAUAGGAGCAGAGCUUGGCUCCCCUUCAAAAGCAGCACAACCACCCACCCACCAUUAAAACGGCUUUCCAGAGGCCCGGUGAAGGAGGUGGCAAGGCAGCACAACAGGAUUGGGCCAGGUGUGUGUGUGGGGGGGCUUCUGGGCCUCUAGGGUCCUUGGCCAGUGCCUGUCCUGGCCAAUUGCUUGCGCUGGGCCUGAACGCAUAGCAUCACUUAACCAGUGAUACAUCAUCAUGUGUUUCCACACAGCCCCAACUUAGAAGUACCUUGGUUUAAGAACAGCUUAGUCUAUGAACAACUUGGAACGCUGCAAACCUGGAAGUAGGUGUUUUAGUUUGCCUUGGAAGCAGAAUAUGUUUCGCUUCCUGUUGAGUGUGUUCCAUUUGUAAAUUGAGUCCCCCACUGCUAUGGGAAAGCACACCUUGGUUUAAGAACAGACUUCUGGAAAGGAUUAAGUUCGUAAACCAAGGUACCACUGUAAUGCACAGCACGAAGACAUCACAACACAAAGUGGCUAGAAACUAUUACAGGUGUGCCUGUGGAGGAGAACUCAACACAGUGUUGCUCUUUGUGCUGGCGGCUCCAUGUCCCUUGCAUUGGUUUGGAUCUGAAGGAUGUGAGUGGAAGGCCCUUCCUCUCAUACAAGGGGGCACCUGCAAUUUCUGCAGGCUUCCCUCUUCACCUGCAGUUCCCCAUCCUACAUCUCACCCAACUUUUCAGGGGCACAGGGGGCUGAAAUGAUGGGAGGGAAGCAGCGAAUUUGCAUUAACCUGAGAACUCCCACAGUUGGUUGGAUCCAGCCCAAUGCCCAGCCCCACUAGCCUCAAGCAAGCCAGGGUGUGAGAGCCACUCACAGGCAAUGCUCUCCCAGCUGGGGUUCAUUUGCAAGUGUAAAUCUAGUAAUUAGUUGGCGAAAGCCUUGUAGCGCCAAUUAACCUGGCAAGCUUUGGGCUGGGGGGAAAAAGACUGCUCACCCUUAGCACAAAGACCACCCAAGCCCAGUAUUCUCACUUCCAGCUGCAGUUCAUUCACUAUUUCUUGGCCUUUCUAUGCAAGGAACAAAGGUUUAGCCCUACAACGUAUUUCAGAACAUAGCUGCUGAAGGAGGCUGCUGAAAGGUGCUGCCAGAAAGCGUUGCCCACCUGGGUGCAAUUCCCUGGCCAGGACCACUUAUUUUCAGUGGCAGAUCUAAGCACUCGAAGAGCGAUUCCACACGGCUGUUUACUGUGCACUUGACACUGCUCACGCGUGUAACUUCUGUGCAGCAUCCAGUCGGUGUUUGAUCCAUAUCCACUGUUUCCAGAGGGUGGGUGAGAUCACGGAAUGGCAUUUUGAUGAAGAUGGCAUCCUGUGGAUGCCACAAAGGAGGGCAUGCAUGAACAGCACCGGGUCCCCAGGCAGCUGCUGUGUGCUCUCCAAGUCCCUUCCAGUAUGAAUCUGUGACGGGAAGAGUUGGGAAUGUGCUUAAUACGGUAAUCUGCCUCUUCAGAAGUAAAUCCCAGGAUGCUCAGUCAGACUUAUUGCCAGGUGAGUGUGUAUAGGAUUGUGGCGUGUCUCUUUCCUUAUAAUCAGAGCAACUUAAAAGUGCUUAAUUUUGCCUUGUACUCAAAACAUGGAAACAUAUUUGACUUCUGUUGGCUCACCUCCAUUAGCUCCCUCCAUUAGCUUCUGGGCCUUGCUUAGCUGCUGGCUUCCAUAUCUGCAGGAACACGGCCCAGACUACCAGCUUCUGUGUCCUAAGAGAUCUGCUGUGCAGACCUUGGUUUUUGGGGGUGAGGUUUCCUUCUUUAUCUCAAUUGAAAACUCAUGGGGCCAAGAGUAGGGCACUCUCAACAAUGGCACUGCAGCUCUGGAUUUCAGAGAGGCCUUCCAACAACUUCUGUACCGGUUGUCUAAGUAUGGAACAUCUUUAUACUGUACAGUUGUUUGUUACAUUUUAAACAAAUUCUGCAUUGCCUUGGCUGCUGUUCUACACUGAGGGACCUAAUAAUGAAAACAGCAAAAAAUGAAUGUCUUCCUUGGCAGAAGAUGUGAAAAACCUGCUUCGACAUGUUGUGAUACUGACCAUUUUACUACUGAAAUAUGCACAGCUUGAGCCCAAAGCCACUUGCCGUCUCUUCAAAGGAAACAGUGGCUGCAAAAGGGAGCUCUCUGCUGACUUGCAAUUCAAUGAACGAGGUCUUCAUGUUAUAGAACCACCGGUUUUUAAAAAGCCUCUUUUCGCUCAUCACAGCAGAAGCAAAACACGGUCUGCCCCUGGGAAGAGUGAUUGGCAAAGAGCAAUUCAUUUGAAACUGCAAUUAUCUAAGCUAAAUGAUGCACCCAUGAUGAAAGAAGACCUGUUGUUUGAAUUAAGGCCCACUUCAAGUAUUUUUUUUUUAAAGAAAAAGGAAACCCUACUGAAACAAUUUUAACAGUCACACACAGAGAGAGGGAGAGCCUUAUUAAUGACACACAGUCUCAAAUUUGGACACCGACAUGGCCAACCACUUUUCUGUCCCAAAUUUGGGCACCAAUGCAAUGCUUAAAAAAAAGAAUGAUUCCUCCUUCUGUGAUUUCAGCUGUUUCUGAAAUAAAAGCCCGCAGCCGAGAUUUUCAUACCAAUUAGCCACUCAGCAGUGGUCGGACACAUUCCCAUUAGCAGAAUUUAUAUUAAUACUGCCUCCAUUAAGCAGUACUCAUUAGCAUUUGCUCUCAUUAGGCUAAAUGGGUUCCCUGGGAGCCAUCCCAAUAAAAUAGCUGUCCUAAUUAAACGGGCAUAUUGUUACAAAAAGCAAUUCUUUCCUCACAUCCCCCCUUUACUUUCCCAUGGUGCAGCCACAAUGAAACAGCCUCUUCUCAUAUUAGGAGGCAGUUGAUACAUUCAGCCAAACCAAAAAGGAUUGUUUCUCCUGGACUUUCAAUUUCAAAGCUGCUUCUGUGGAGUUGGGGAAUGCUUCCAGCUGUGCUAUUUUUCUGUAAGUGGGGAGCAUUCAAGUAUUUGGUGCCAUCUUACCACCUGAAGUGCUAUGGUGCAGGGCAAGCUUUACCUCUGAACUUAGCCAUAUGUCUCAAGCAAGGCAAGGGAGCUGUUCCGUUAUAGUUACUUACAGUUGCAUCAAAGGGCAGUGCUAGCAGCUGGCAGUCAACUGUGCACAAUGAAGUUUCUGUUUUUGUUUUGUUUAAAGUGAAAACCAAGUGCCAGACAGAAGAAUGUGGCCGGGGUGUCCACCUGGGAAGAUUCUGUGCCAAGUGUGAUGAAAAUGGCGACUAUCUGCCUAAGCAAUGCCAUGGUAGCACUGGCUUUUGCUGGUGCGUCUACAAAAAUGGCACCAUGGUUGAGGGCACUACUAAAGUCCGUGGGCCACUGGACUGCACUGGUAAAGAGUUUCUGUUUCCUAACAAGGGGGAAGGAGUUAAUAAGCAAGCAGAUGUCAUUUAUAUUCUUGAAUAAACUGGAUUAUCUACAGUUAGGGAGCAACAUCUUAAUGGCCCAAGUCCUAGGAGCUAAUAAGUCUCUCCCCCCUCCCCCCCGACCUGGACUUGAGUCCUAAACACAGCCAAAGUGUUUGCAGUGCAACAGCCAUUGUUGCAGCUGUAGCAGUGUUCUUUCCUUUUUCUAAAUAGAAGAGAUGAAGUCAGGCAGUGGAGGUUUUGGGGACAUAUAGGCAGGGUGGGCUGGGGUGCUGCGAUUCCCAAGAGUCACAACACAAAUGUGUGUGAACCACAUUGACUACUUUCCACAUCCACCAUGCCAGACUUCCCUAAGAAGCUCUUAUUACAUAGGCAGUGCAGUUAGAGCAAUUUUGCCUAGUUUUGCACAAAAUACUUUGGUGGCAGAAUUUGGGUCGUCUGGUUGUGGAGCCAAUACUUGUUGCUUCCAAAUUCACAUUGUUUUUCCUUACUUGGAAGAUAAACCCACUUUGAUUUCUGCAUGCGUGUGCCUUAUGUUCCUUGUGGCUUCACCAUGGGGAUGGUGUUUGGUCAAUAUUAUGAGGCAACUUGAUGUGAAAAAAUAGCCUUGUUAGUUGCACUUAGUCUUGCUUGAUGAACUUGCGUCAUUCUCUUACCAUUUACGUCAUUCUCUUACCACUUACAUUCUCUUACCUCUUACGUCAUUCUCUUACCACCACCACCCACAUCAAGAAAGUGGGAAGACUGUUGUGAACAGUUAAGGUAGUUACCCCUAUCUUUGUGCUUCAGAUUUCUACCUGAUAUCUGCCCCUGAGUAAGCUUUUUCCAAAUGUAACAAACAAAUGCAAAAGCCAUGGCAAAUCAUUUAAAACACUGUUAUGACCUUACAGCGAAUAGAAAUCUCAGAAAACCCAACAUCUUCAUUUGUGUCAUUAUCAUUAUGCCAAUCUAACACAUUCUCAAGAAACAAAACAAAACUUGGAAUUAGUCAAAUGGGAAAAAAAACAACAGGAAAAAAAUAUUGGAAUUAGUCACAGCCUAUGCAGAAAAAAACUUAAAUCAUAAGAACUCUGCUGAAUGAGGCCAAUGGCAGAUCUAGCCCAGCACCCUGUUCUCAGAGUGGCCAACCAGAUGCCUAAGUAGAAUCUGAGGAGAACAGCAAUCUCCCUAAUGGUGAUUCCAUUCAACUUGCAUCCAGAGGGAUAGUGCCUCUCAAAAAUCAUAAAACCAAUAUAUACCUACCUGCCAAUAAGUCCACAACUUUGCAUUUUUGAAUGGACUAAAGAUACAAAUCGGUCAGUGCCCAUUUGUCAGAUUUCAAAUGACCUUUCUCUACAGGCAGUGGAAAAUAAUAUGGCCAAAUGUUAAUAAUUUUGUGUAUUACUAAAAAAAUAAUAAUAAGAUAGAUGAAAAGCAAAUGAUUGUGCUUCUGGCUGAACAUGAGAUAGCACAAACUGGUAGGAAGCAUCCUAAAGGUGAUGUGGAAAGUAGAGGAUAUCUUAGGGCAUUGGAAAGUGCUAAUCAAUCUCUCUUCCUCCCUUUUCCAGGAAAAGGGCAACUGGUGAACGUGACAGCUGGUGAUACUGAGAAUGUGACAGCUUCCCAGCUGAGUUUCAGUGACUAA